AUGUAUAAUAAUUCUUUCAUAUUGUACAUCUAUCAAACAUUAACUUUUUACUACAUUAUUCCAAAUAUCUAUCUCUGUUCAUAUCUAUCUAUCUAUCUACCUAUCUCUGCCUCCUGUUCAUAUCUAUCUAUCUAUCUAUCUAUCUAUCUAUCUAUCUAUCUAUCUAUGUCUGUUCAAAUCUAUCUAUCUAUCUAUCUAUCCAUCUAUCUAUCUAUCUGUUCAAAUCUAUCUAUCUAUCUAUCUAUCUAUCUAUCUAUCUAUCUAUCUAUCUUCUCCCUGUGUCUCCUAUUCAUUGUAUUUACAUAUCUAAUCACUUCUGUGGCUUCGUCUUUUAUUUUUCUUAAUUCUUUCCAUUUUUCUCCACCAAAGAGAAACCGGUUACGUUCGUUUCGAAGGCAAGGAAUUGUGGGAAAUAUUGUUCGUUUGUAUAAUCAGGAAUAUGUAUUUCUUUUUCCGCUUUGA